CUAACUUCCUCAUAAUAUCCAGUUUUCUGAUAUAUCAAGGGAUUUGUACUAACAAACGAUCCCACACCCUAUAUUUGUCAGCUGAUCUUGUGACACAAAUGAUGAAAGAAGGCAUAAUGCAGAACUCAGUUCAACCAUUGGAAAAUAAUGAUGAUAACGAUAAAGAGGAUUGGGACAAUUCUGUUUAUUGGAAUUCCAAUGAAGCUGAAUAUGCAGAUAUUAAUGAGAAGUUAGAUCAAUUGCAUUCUGUUUUGGAUUGUCUUGAGAAAAAAAAUCGCAGCAUCCAGGCUGGGCUUAUAGAGUUGCUACAAUCAAAUCGUGAAGCUAGAAAGCAGUUUCAAGAAGCAUUAAAAAUAUAAACUACAAAAGAAAGAUGAAAUCUUUCAACAGUUUUCUAAUUAUAACGUAUUGACUAUGUAGUUGAACAUAUAUCAGAUUACAUUUAUUAUGUUAAAAUUGAUAGAAAUGGAUAAAAAAAACUAUGUCAUUUAUGCUAUUAGCAUACUAAAUAAGCUUUUACAUUUAGUUGUAAUAAUUAUGUAAAAAUACAGCGAUCCAAUUGAAAAUUGUAUAAAAAUAAUUGGAUUUCCUAAAGUGCAAUAUUUCUGAUUACAGAAAUUUAAUAUUAAUUUGUAUUGUAUUUUGGCAAUUUUAAACAAAUUACUGCUUAAAAUUAUAAGCUAACAUCAACUGUGGUGUAUGUAUGGAUUAAAUCCUUUAAAUAAAAAUUCAAAUAAAUGUCAAUCAAAUUCAA